CUCUUCGGGCCCUGGACCGGACUGGUGCUGUGCUCGGCCCUGACAUCUGUGGGAGCCACCUUCUGCUACCUGCUCUCCGGCGCCUUCGGGAAGCAGUUCGUCGUCUACUACUUUCCUGACAAGGUGGCCCUGCUGCAAGGGAAGGUAGAAGAGAACAGGAGCUGCUUAUUUUUCUUCUUGUUGUUCCUGCGGCUGUUCCCCAUGACACCAAACUGGUUUCUGAAUCUCUCCGCUCCGAUUUUAAACAUCCCUGUGUCCCAGUUCUUCUUCUCUGUUCUCAUCGGUCUUACACCAUAUAAUUUCAUCUGUGUGCAGACAGGAGCCAUUCUGUCACAGAUCACCUCUUUGGAUGCCAUUUUCUCCUGGGACACAUUGCUCAAACUGCUUGCUAUGGCUGUGGCAGCAUUGAUACCAGGGACCCUUAUCAAGAAAUACAGCAAGAAGCACUUGAAGCUGGAUGAAGACAAGCAUGCUCAGUUACUCAAUGGCAAAAAGAGCUUGUGAUGGCUCAGGUACCCCAAGUAUUGGGGAACUGCCUCAGAAAAGCUGCAGGUCUCUGUUCCUGUGGGUUAUAUUCUGCAUGCUCUGUGCCACCGUGGACUAAAGACAAUUGCAGUUUUUAAUCAUUCUUCUCGUCUAAGAGGAGGUGGAGGGUUCAUAUUUUUAAUGAAUGUUUAACUGUGCCUGUAUCUGCACUGA